UUGUCUCCUUGGGAACUUUGAAGGCAAAAAUCAUGGCAAACAAGUAUAAUUUGAAGUGGAACUCUCACCAUGCAGAAGCAUUUCAGAGCUUUGAAAAUCUUCGCCAUAGGGAGAUGCUUGUGGAUGUGAUUCUGUCCUGUGAUGGACAGUUUGUGAAAGCUCACAGACUUGUGUUAUGUGCGGGGAGUGGUUAUUUUGAACGGGUCCUCAACAAGAAUGGAUCGGGAACUCCGACCGUUCAUUUCUAUGGAGUGGAAAUGCAUUUGCUGAAGCUCCUUGUGGAAUUCAUGUACUGNCGGGGAAGUGGAAGUCCCGGCCAUGGACCUUGAGAAAUUUAUUGAAGUUGCAGAGAACUUAGAAGUGAAGGGGCUGAAGGGAGAUAAGUCAAAGAGCAGUGGAGCAGGAGGCAGGCCCACUACCAUCCCUGUGUCUGAUGUACAGGAUGCUUUGGCUCACAAGAGGAAGAUUACUGCCCCAGCUUGGCAAGAAGUCAAUGAACCCCAGUUUCCACCUGCAAAAGUGCUCAGAUCUCAAGCUCUUAUUUCACAAGACAGACAGCAAUCUAUUGCACCACACUUACAGCAGCAAAAGCCUGUACCCUCCCCUUCUCAAGUCAAUCAGAGGCAACCUGAACCCAGUCCAGGAACAUUGACAGGGGAUGUCCUGAUAAAGGAGGAGGUGGAAGAAGAUGGAAUGAGUGAUGUUCAUGAUGUGAUGAAGUCUACUUCAGGAGUUACUUUUUUUUCCUUGAAGGAAGAGGGAGAAUGGGAUGAAAAUUCCUCAAAUGCUGCAGAGGGAAUGGAAGGUGAACCUGAAACACCAAUGAAUAUUCCUCCAGAAGUUGAUCCACAGACGGUGUUCUAUGUUAAAAGCUACGUGUGGUGUGGGAAGAUCCAAAACCUUGGGACCAAGGUGUACUUCUGUCCGGUCUGCCCGUACUUGACCCCAAACAAAGGCCACGCGGAGUAUCACAGUCGCAAGCACAGCAAAGAGAGGCCUUUCCAGUGUCCCAUCUGCUUCAAAUCCUAUACCCAAAAGAGUCACCUGAGAUCUCACUGUGCUGUCCAGCAUCCCAACAACCUUCAGGAGCUGUUGCUGAAGUUUUUCCAUUCCUGUGAGAUAUUGAAGGCACAAGCCAUGUCAAACAAAUAUAAUUUGAAGUGGAACUCUCACCAUGCAGAGACAUUUCAGAGCUUCGAAAGUCUCCGUCACCGUGAGAUGUUUGUGGAUGUGAAUCUGUCCUGCAAUGGACAGCUUGCAAAAGCUCACAAACUUGUGUUAUGUGCGGGAAGUGGUUAUUUUGAACGAAUCCUCAAUAAGGAUGGAUCGGGAACUCCAACUGUUCAUUUCUAUGGAGUGGAAAUGCAUUUGCUGAAGCUCCUUGUGGAAUUUAUGUACUGUGGGGAAGUGGAAGUCCCAGCCUUGGACCUUGAGAAAUUUAUUGAAGUUGCGGAGAACUUAGAAGUGAAGGGGCUGAAGGGGGAUAAGUCAAAGAGCAGUGGAGCAGGAGGCAGGCCCACUACCAUCCCUGUGUCUGAUGUACAGGAUGCUUUGGCUCACAAGAGGAAGAGUACUUUUUCAGCUUGGCAAGAGUUUGAUGAACCCCAGUUUCCACCUACAAAAAUGGCAAGAUCUCAAUCUCUUUUGCCACGAAGCAAGCAGCAGUCAAUUGGACCACGCUUCCAGCAGUCAAAACCUGUACCCUCUCAUUCCCAGUUUUUCCAAAGUGAACCAGAAGCAAGUACAAGCACAUCAACAGAUGAGGUGUUGAUAAAGGAGGAAGGAGAUGAAACCAGUGAUGCACAUGAUGUGAUAGACUCAAAUUCAGCUUCUACUGGAGAGGAAGAAUGGAAUGAAAACUCCUCAUAUGUUGCUGAGGGGAUAGAAGGUGAGCCUGAUGCACCAAUGAACAUUCCUUCUGAUGUCGACCCACAGACAGUGUUCUACGUUCAGAGCUUUGUAUGGUGUGGGAAGGUGCAGAGGACAGGAACCAAGCUGUAUUUCUGUCCUGUUUGUCCAUACUCCACUGGAAACAAAGGCCAUGCUGAAUACCACAGUCACAAGCACAGCAAGGAAAAGCCCUAUCAGUGUCCCAUCUGCUUCAAGUCCUUCUCCCGAAAGUGGGACUUGAAAACUCAUUGUGUUGAAGCACAAGCCAUGUCAAACAAAUACAAUUUGAAGUGGAACUCUCACCAUGCAGAAACGUUUCAGAGCUUUGAAAAUCUCCGUCACCGUGAGAUGUUUGUGGAUGUGAUUCUGUCCUGCAAUGGACAGCUAGCAAAAGCUCACAAACUCGUGUUGUGUGCUGGGAGUGGUUAUUUUGAACGAAUCCUCAACAAGGAUGGAUCGGGAACUCCAACCAUUCAUUUUUAUGGAGUGGAAAUGCAUCUGCUGAAGCUCCUUGUGGAAUUCAUGUACUGUGGGGAAGUGGAAGUCCCGGCCAUGGACCUUGAGAAAUUUAUUGAAGUUGCAGAGAACUUAGAAGUGAAGGGGCUGAAGGGAGAUAAGUCUAAGAGUAGUGGAGCAGGAGGUAGACCCACUUCCAUCCCUGUGUCUGAUGUACAAGAUGCUUUGGCUCACAAGAGGAAGAGUACUUUUUCAGCUUGGCAAGAGUUUGAUGAACCCCAGUUUCCACCUGCAAAAAUGGCAAGAUCUUUAUCUCUUUUGCCACGGGGCAAGCAGCAGUCAAUUGCAUCACGCUUCCAGCAGCCAAAGCCUGUACUCUCUCCUACCCAGUUCUUCCAAAGUGAACCAGAAGCAAGUACAAGCACAUCAACAGAUGAGGUGUUGAUAAAGGAGGAAGGAGAGGAUGAAACCAGUGAUGCACAUGAUGUGAUUGACUCAACUUCAGUUGCCACUGAAGAGGGAGAAUGGGAUGAAAGUACCUCAUAUGUUGCUGAAGGAAUGGAAGGUGAACCUGAAACGCCAAUGAAUAUUCCUCCAGAUGUUGACCCACAGACAGUGUCCUAUGUUCAGAGCUACGUUUGGAGCGGAAAGAUGCGAGUGUCGGGGACGAAGUUAUACUUCUGUCCCGUCUGCCCGUACUCGACCAUAAACAAAGGUCAUGCAGACUACCACAGUCGCAAACACAGCAAAGAGAAGCCAUUUCAAUGUCCCGUCUGCUUCAAAUUCUUCUCCCAGAGGUCGUGUGUAAGAACUCACUGUGCCAUGCAGCAUUCCAGUGAUUUUGAGGGGUUGCAGAUCCAGUGAUAUAUUCUCCCUU